GGAAAACUAUAAAAAAUGGUCCAGUCUUGCUCAGCUCUCUUGUCCCAUCUCUUCACUCAAAGAAAUUAGCAUUGUUGACAUGCCACUGAGUCACGUGGAUGCAACAGUUCAAAGCAUUCAGCUCUCCAAGAACCAACCAGAAAGGAAAUUACCGGUUUCAAAUGGAGGUUUGUGUUUCCUAAAGUCUGUGGACGAGGCAAUGCUAGACUCAUUGGAAAUCAUCAGUGUUGACUAAUGUGAUGACACAAACCUAGAAAUCAUGAGUGAAGAUGAAAUCAAAGAAACUGAACUCUACUUCUAUCAUGGUGGAAAAAUUAACUGGAUUAACUUCUGGCUUGCUGACAAGCAUAAAUGUGGAGUCAUCAUUGAGCGGGACACCUACAAAGAAGCAAGCGGAAUUCUGGACAAUGUGAAUCAUCGUCGCAAAGCUGUACGUCCCAUAGAAAGCUUGAAAAUAUAUCAUCAUCUUAGCAGUGGGGGAAGCACAGUGGCCCGACAGAUGCUCUGGAGUAGGAGGACAAAAGUACGAUGUGCAGUUGUGAAACAGUCAAAAGAAGUCACUACUGUCUGUGAGCAUGCAGUGAAACUGAGGGAAGAAAAUGAGAAUGACAAAAACAACUGUCUUCCUGUGCUCCUCCUGCUGGAGGACCAAAACCCAGAUUACAUUGAUAAUCUUCGACGGCAUCUUGAAAAUGUUAUUGCAAUCAAAAAGAUUAAUCCCUCAGUGUUGUGCUUCAUACUGCUCAUCUGCAACAGAUCAAAUGAUCCCGAAAAAAUGUGCUGGGCGUCACCGUCUCAAACUGUUGCAGUCACCCACAAACUGUCAGAUCAAGAAAAAUUCUUGUUCCUGGAGAAAAUCGACCAACUCAAAUUCCAAUUUAAAGACUUAGACUUUGAUUUCAUCCUAACAUUCGUUCUCAUGAGUAAAGAGUUCCAGCCAAGUUACAAAAAGUAUUUUAUAAAAAAUAUUUUAGAUAAAAUUGAUCAUUCAUCACUGAUCACUCGACUCAUCAGAUUUGGGGCUCUUUUAAAUUGCUACGUCAAGGAUUCCUACAUAUCUGUAUCUCAUUGCGAGGCAUAUCUUGGCAUUGCUCCCACUGUGAGAGGAGCAAAGUAUCAUGCCUUUGUUGAUAAUCUCAGUGAUGAGGCUAAACUUAUUUUUAUCAGAGACAAUUCAACACACAUCGAGUUGAUCCGCAUCAUUCAUCCCCUAGUGGCCAAAGAAAUUCUGAGUCAGCUCUCUGUCAAUUUGCCUCAAAGCUCUAUUGCCAUGGAGCUCCUCAACGAUGACGUACUCAUCAAUCAUAGGUUUGACAGAGAUCAAUUCCUGAAGACUAUAACAGCUCUUUUCAUUAGACGCAAUAAAAAAAGCAGAGGAGAUCCAGAAGACACAACGUUUUCACCACUUAUCCAGAAAGUCAGGACUGAAAGAGAUGGUGUUCAGAAAGCCGUUGACCUGAUGGAAGCUGCAUUCAUAGCUUUGGGAAAAGAUGCUUAUGUGGCACAACAGCUUGCCCGGCUGCUUUACACAAAUGAGAGAUUUGAGGAGGCUCUUCAGUGGGCAGAGCAAGCGAAAUCACUGUCUCCAUAUGACACAUUUAUCCUUGACACACUGGGCCAAGUUUACAAGUGGUGGUUUUACCAUUUGUAUGACACCAUUGAAGAAAAACAGCCAUCUCCAGAAAUGGGAGUUGAAAUCAUAAGCAUUGCACUUAAAGGAAUAUCUGCUUUUCGAGUCUCUGAACAAACACCAAAAAAAGAGACACUCAUCCUUAAACACUUCAUUCUAUGGAGAGGUGGAUGUUGGCUGCAGGCUGCUGAAGUUCUUGUCAGAAGUUGAUGUUUUUUCAAAAAACACAGGAGACUCAGAGAUGUUAAGGUACUUGCUAACAGACUACAUACCAUCAGAGGUGAAGACACCCUGGCAGAAGUUUCAUCAGCAGUUAAAAGGGCUGGAGAGGAGCUUGAGACAGGCUCUGUAAUGCAUUUCUGAAGACCUGAGCUACUUUCAGACUGACAUUAGUGAAGAGGAUGAGGAACUUGAUGCAAGAGAUCCAGAGCAAGUUUACAAUCCAAGAAAAUGGUUGACAAAGAAAAGUGCUGUAUAUGCGGGAUUCUUCUGUGGUACACAAAAGGAGAGUGAUGAAGCAGCUGAAAAUGCCAACACUGAUACGAUGGAUCAAGGAAAAAUCCUCUCACCUCGUACAAGCUUGGAGGAAGAAAUGUUACAUCCAUCCUCUCGUUACUCUAUGACAAAAAACCACAAAGGGCAGGGAAAAAACUUGAGGACAUCAUAGGUAUGUAUUCAGGAAAUCUGACAUGUAAAGAUCUUGAUGAAAAUGAACUCAUAAAUUUCCUUUUUUGUCAGAUAGCUCUUAACUGUAUCUUACCUGGCUCCUCAAAGCUCUUAUCCCUUAAACAACUACAAGAUCUCAGCAAGAGAUUUAAGACAAAAGGAAAACACAUGUCAUCAGCAAGUGCCCUCUUUCUUCUGCCUCUCCUGUUUUGGCCUGAGAACAGUGAAGAAGUGAGUUCUGCUGAUGUCCAGAUCCUUCUAUUGGCCAUUGAUGUUCUUCAGAGACUCUGUGAACAAAAAAUCCAAUACAUGUCUCAGAGAAAAAGUAGAAUAGUCACACACUUCUUCCUGGCAAAGGCCAGAGGUCUAAACAAGAUUGUCCAUAGAAGUGCUAUUGAAAAGCAGAUCAAAGGAACUCUGAGUGAGAAGAAGCUAAAAUGGCUCGGAGGAGAAGUGUGGAAAAGCAAGGAAGUUGUGCAGCAACUGAAGCGGAUUGAAGGGUGGACAGAAAAUGAAAACUUGUAUGUCCAAUGUAGGCAUAAAGACAGCAAAAUUAGAGUCAUCCCUUGCUACUCUGCCUCCUUGCCCCACGGAAAUGAAAAGGUCACUUUCUAUUUAAGCUUUUCAUUCGAUGGUAUAGUUGCUUUUGACAUUCAGGUGAUGUAAUAAUAUUAACUUCGAAGUUAUUUUGUCUUAAAUGAUCUUAAUCUGGAAAAAACAUGAACUGCAACAAAAAAAGUGUAGCGACAUUAAAAUACUUUAUUGUAGAUAUAUUUGUUGAUCAGUUUGAGUGAAUGUGAGCAGCAUAGAUAAGUUCAGCACAGCAGUCUUGUUCAAUGAGAUUUUAUUUUAUUCUUCAGCUUUUAAAUGUGUGUUUUAUAAUGCAGAAUAAAUUCACUGGUGCAUAUUAUGUUUAAAUGGUGGCAAUAUUUUCUGAAACCUGCUUUGUGUUCAAAUUAUAAGUAACCAUAUUCUUUCAGAAAGAUGACCUACUGUGGAGAAACGUUCUGGAAAAUGAAAGUUAACAAUUUUUUUUUACCUACAUAAGCAAAGUGAGACUGCAACAAACAGUAAAACAUUGUCCAGACUAGAGACAAACUGAGCAUAGCAUAGAAUUAGCUCUAAGCAUGCAGCUAAGCAAGUCUUGCAAACAUCUUAUAUGGAGUAAAUAUGUUUAGUUUUCGUCUAUUUUAAUGCUUUUGAAAUGUAUCUUUUUAGUCAUUCUAUUGUAUUACCAGCAUAAGAUUCUACAUAUAAGAUAUAACAAACCCUCCUUUAUUUCAUCUGAGACACUGCACCUUUGCCUUCUUGUAAAGUGGGAAUAGCUCUUAGGAAACUAAAUGUAAAUGUAGCAACAUGGGGUCAGCCAGAUCUGCUAUCUUGUAUCCUUUGUUGUAGUUUGCUGUAGAUCAGCUUAACCACGUGUUAUCAGCACCUAUUUGGGAAAUCCUAUGCCUCGGCUAUCUCCUUGUUGUGACUUACAUUAGAACAUUUAUGGUAAUUGUGCAUCUCUUUAAAUGAAGAUCAUCAGUCUUCACUGUUUUUUAUCAAGUUUUGCAUAAUUUAUUGUUUUAACUUUAAUAAA